CGUGCUGCCCAGGCAGAGCCAGCGCUGCCAUGGCAGCCUUGGGGCCCUGCCAGCUGGACACAGGUCCUGGCAGGCCCUGCUGGGCCCAUCCCCUUCUCCCACCCUCCAGGCGAGGGGGACAGGCUGCUGUGUCUGGAAGCGAGCGGCAGUUCAGGCCCUGCAGCAGCACCUCGACUCUGUGAAGGUUGGCCAGCAGUUGGACCCACGGGAUCAGAGGACGUCGGCAGUGCUUGUGCUUGGAGGGCUGCUCACAGGAUCCUGUUCCUGCAGAGGGAUGGCUGCAAAGAAAAAGGAGGUAGAGCUGCAGAUUAACAUCACUAGCCAGGAGCUUUGGGAAGAAAUGCUGUGUCUCAAAGGACUCAUUGUUGUUGAUGCAUUUCAAGCCUGGUGUGGCCCGUGCAAAACAGUAGUGGAUCUCUUCCAAAAAAUCAGGAAUGAAGUUGGCAGUAAUCUCCUGCAUUUUGCUGUGGCUGAAGUUGAUUCCAUUGAUGCUCUGGAAGGAUACAGAGGACAAUGCCAGCCUGUCUUUCUGUUUUAUGCUGAGGGAGAAUUAGUGGCCGUUGUAAGAGGAGUGAAUGCACCACUGCUGCAGAAAACCAUCCUGGAACAGCUGGCAGGGGAAAGAAAGGUUUUAGAACAUGGAGGAGAGCAAGUGCUGAUGCGAGACAGAGCCAAGGAGGAGGGAAGCACAGCUGCUCUGCAGGGACCACAGCAGGAAGGCUGAACAGGUAAGGCAGGGACAGUGUAGGAUGCUCUCUGUGCCUUUGGUAAGUGCCUCUGCUAAAGCUGGAACCUUCAGCCAGGGUUCAGCUCUGCUGGGGCACCAGAGGGAAGAUCCCCGUCCCUGGGCACUGCCCAGCUC